ACGCUAAAUAUAACUCUUGAAUGUACACGCUGGGUUGUCACCCUAUAUAUUUGUGCAUUCCUCGUUUUCUCUCGAACGCUUUAAUCUUCUCAAAAUGUCACUUAGAUCUCUCACCCUUAAACCCAAAACCCUCCACUCUUUCUUCAACUCUCUUCUCCGACCCACCAAACCCAACACUCCCUUCCGCCCUUUCUCUUCUCUCACCCACCAAAACCCACCAUCUCCACAAUUACCUCACCUGGUCAACGAAAUCUCACGCAUUCUCAGCGACCACAGAAACCCUCACCACGACUUGGAGCUUUCCCUCAACUCUUGGUCCACCCAAAUAUCCCCAAACUUGGUUGAACAGGUUCUGAAACGCUGCAAAAAUCUUGGGUUUUCAGCCCACAGAUUCUUUCUCUGGGCUAAAACAAUUCCGGGUUUUCAACACAGUGGUGAAAGCCAUCACAUUUUGAUUGAUAUCUUGGGGAGUAGUGGUCAGUUUGCUCUGUUGUGGGAUUUUCUCAUUGAAAUGAGAGAGUCCAAGUGUUGUGAGAUUAGCCCAGAAUUGUUCUGGGUUAUUUUUAGAGUUUACAGUAGAGCUAAUUUGCCUCGUGAUGCGAUUCGAGCUUUUAAUAGAAUGGUUGAGUUUGGAAUCAAGCCUAGCGUCCAUGAUCUUGAUCAGCUUCUCUAUACAUUAUGUAAAAGAAAGCAUGUCAAGCAUGCCCAGGAGUUUUUUGAUAAAGUUAAGAGUGGGUUUGAGUUGGGUGCUAAAACUUAUAGCAUUUUGAUGAGGGGUUGGGGAGACAUUUGUGAUUCUAAUAAUGCACGCAAGCUAUUCGAUGAAAUGACUGAAAGAGGGUGUUUGGUUGAUGUGCCUGCAUAUAAUAGUUAUUUGGAGGCUUUGUGUAAAGGUGGCAAUGUGGAUGAGGCUUAUAAGAUAUUUCGGGCCAUGGGUUCAAAAGGAGUUGAGCCAGAUGCUGGUACAUACUCGAUUUUCAUUCGGGCAUAUUGUGAAGCGAAUGAUAUUCAUUCGGUUUUUAGCGUGCUUGAUAGGAUGAAGAGAUAUAAUCUUUUGCCUAAUGUGUAUUCUUACAAUUGUAUCAUCAAGAAGCUGUGUAAGAAUGAAAAGGUGGAAGAGGCGUACCAACUUUUGGAUGAAAUGAUUGAAAUGGGAGUUAAGCCGGAUGAAUGGAGUUACAAUGCAAUCCAAGCUUAUCAUUGUGAGCAUUGUGAAGUUAAUCAGGCUAUUAGGUUGUUAUCUAGAAUGGAAAAAGAUAGCUGCAUGCCAGAUCGGCAUUCUUACAAUAUGGUACUAAAGUUGCUGAUCAGGAUCGGAAGAUUUGAUAGGGCAACUGAAGUGUGGGAGAGUAUGGGGAAGAGAGGCUUUUAUCCUUCUGUUUCAACAUAUUCUGUCAUGAUUCAUGGUUUGUGCAAAAAGAAACACAAACUAGAGGAGGCAUGUAAAUACUUUGAGAUAAUGAUUGAUGAAGGUAUACCACCAUACUCUUCUACUGUGGAGAUGUUGAGAAACCGGCUUUUGGGUUUGGGGCUACUUGAUGACAUUGAAAUACUUGCUAGUAAGAUGGAGCAAAGUACUUCUUGCUCGAUACAAGAGUUUGCAAAAGUGCUGAGAGGGAACAAAGCUUCUGUAAGAUCGAGAAGUGAGUACACUGACAUUGAAAGUGACUGACAGGGUGCAACAAUCCAAGACUGGCGGGUCUGCUUGAAGCAGUUAAUUGAGUCUGAAGAGAGCUGUCUAGAUGAAUUCUCAGGUGGUGUGAAACCAGCACUUGAAGAAGCAAAUUAUGGGCACAGAUGCCUCUGUUCAAUGAAUACUUGCAGUAUCAUCUUGUCUAUUGCCGACGUAAAGGAUGAAUUGGGAGGGAUGCUAAACAUGAAUCUUGAGAUUGCCACUUAGAAUGUUAUAGGCAAUUUUGAAGGAGCACUGGUUGCUCAAUUUGUCUCUGAACUGAUGUAACACUUCAUGUGGAAUGGAAUUGAUGAUGAUAAGAAAAAUUUUCACGAUCCACGCUUCACCAAGUACACGGUUGUGGACACACUCCUGGAAAUGCUAGAUGAGAGUUUCCAACUUCUGAUUCUCUGGCAUUGAAUUUUCUGAUAUAAGAUUUCCAUUUCGAAACUUGUACUUGGAAGUGUUUUCACAAUUGUAGCUGUUAGUUGCUUGUGCGGCGACAAUUGAUUUAUCCCGUUAAAAGUAUUGUAUGUUUGUUAGACAUUCAUUCUUGUCUGCAGUUUAGGUUUAUGUGGUCAAGAAUUGCUCUCGAUUGGA